AUGGAUUUGCCUGUGAACUUAACUUCGUGUUCCCAUGUCACCUCAUCGCCUUUGGAGACCAACCGUAGCCUUGGCACAGAAGACCUGCGUCCCAGCCCACACCUCGUCUCUGUUUUCGGUGUGCUUGUUCUGACCUUGCUGGGCUUUCUGGUAGCGGCUACGUUCGCGUGGAACCUGCUGGUGCUGGCGACCAUCUUCCGCGUACGCACCUUCCAUCGAGUGCCACACAACCUGGUUGCUUCCAUGGCCAUUUCGGAUGUGCUGGUGGCCGCGCUGGUCAUGCCGCUGAGCCUGGUGCACGAGCUGUCUGGGCGCCGCUGGCAGCUGGGCCGCCGGUUGUGCCAGCUGUGGAUCGCGUGUGACGUGCUCUGCUGCACCGCCAGCAUCUGGAACGUGACAGCCAUCGCCCUGGACCGCUACUGGUCCAUCACCCGCCACUUGGAAUACACGCUCCGCGCCCGCAAGCGGAUCUCCAACAUGAUGAUUGCACUCACUUGGGCGCUCUCUGCUGUCAUCUCUCUGGCCCCGCUGCUUUUCGGCUGGGGGGAGACGUACUCUGAGGGCAGCGAGGAGUGUCAAGUCAGUCGUGAGCCCUCCUACACAGUAUUUUCCACGGUGGGCGCCUUCUACCUGCCACUCUGCGUGGUGCUGUUUGUGUACUGGAAGAUCUACAAGGCCGCCAAGUUCCGCGUGGGCUCCAGGAAGAUCAACAGCGUGUCGCCUGUAUCUGAAGCUGUGGAGGUGAAGGAUUCUGCCCAGCAGCCCCAGAUGGCAUUCACUGCCCGCCAUGCCACGGUCACCUUCCAGACUGAAGGGGACACGUGGAGAGAACAGAAGGAUCAGAGAGCGGCUCUCAUGGUGGGCAUCCUCAUCGGGGUGUUCGUGCUCUGCUGGAUCCCCUUCUUCAUCACGGAGCUCAUCAGUCCCCUCUGCUCCUGUGACAUCCCUGCCAUCUGGAAAAGCCUUUUCCUUUGGCUUGGCUACUCCAACUCCUUUUUUAACCCCCUCAUCUACACAGCCUUCAACAAAAACUACAGCAGUGCCUUCAAGAACUUCUUUUCUAGACAACAUUGAGUAUGAGUCCUUGUUAAAAAAAAAAAAAAAGAACUCUCUCAAAAACCCAGGGAGAUGUGCAGUUUCAUCUCUUUCUACGCCUCCACCCUAGAGAGCUCCAUGGAAGAGAUAAAACCUUCAAGUACUGCAAGAUCAUCUUCGGAACCAAAUCAGCAUCACUUCCGCAUGUGGAUGAAGGAAGAUGAGGUUUUACAGGAAGUUUGGUGACCUCAUUUAUCUGAUCUGUUUACUCUCCCUCACCCCACACUAACAGCCACGGAGAUUGUCCACAAAGUGCCCUUUCCUCCAACAAAGCUGCUCCAGGAUGGAAGUCAAACAAGUCAGAUGGGAAGGAGGAGGUAAAACAACAUGGGCUGGUUGCGAGUAGAUGACAGAAGUGAGAGAUUGCAAUGGGAUAUCUGGAAAUAGCAGAUCAUAAUUCCAAAUUUUCUGGAACAGUUUGUUCUGCUGUGUGGUCCUAGUAGGCAUACCUUAACACUCACUGGGUAUGUCCCAAUAUUUGCCCACUAAAUAUUGUCUUCAAACAUGUUAAGGCACAUAGUUCCAUCUGUAAGACCAAUGAAUACUGAUGCUGUUCGUGUAAGGUAUGCUAACUGGCCAAUUUACUACAAAGUGCAGCCCAUGGAGUUGGAACAAGCACUAAGAGCCAAAGUAAAUACUUCCUUCCAUUGUGAACUGUCUGUAAAUGCUAGAAAUAUCUACCAGUUUGGGU